AGGACGCGGUGCGCUGUCGGAUGGGGGGAUGCAAAGACGACAGCGAAAACUCACCCGACUCCUGCAAGAACGGACAGGUGCAGAUCAUGAGAGGUCCAAAUGUGAGCUACUGUGGGCAGCAGUGUGGUUCCCUGCGUUACGGCACCUCCCCGUGCCUCUCGGCUUGCCAGCCGCAGCCGCUCCCGCCGUCGUGCCACCAGGCAUGCCAGCAAGGCUACCACAGUCUACCCCGCAGCAACCAUAUCCCCGGGCUAGACCACAGCCACGCACAUGAGCAUAGCCCCAUCCUGAACAAUACCCACAACCAUGCUCAUAACCAUAACCACAACCACGCCCUCAACCACAUCGGCAGCCAACGAACGGAUUUUGAGAAGGACGUUGACUUGGCGUGUCAAACAGAGAGAGGACACCCAUUCAUUUUCAAGGAGGUCAACACCUGUAACCCAGCCACCAUCACCGGGACCCUUUCCCGCAUCUCCCUGGAUGACGAGGACGAUCCUAAGCUGGCAGCCCAUCAGGAGGGGGGAGUCGGAGUCAACUUCAGCUCCCUCCCCGGGAACAUUCCCCCUCCCAACCUGAUUGUACAGGUUCCACCACUAGGAGGCCUCAAUGAGUUGAGUGAGACGCCCCUGAAGAAGGAGGUGAACGUGGACCAGCAGAGACAGCAGGGGCAGCAGCGCAGCGGUGCUCAAAUCUACCUGUGCACUGAGAGCGGCCUGGGCUGGGCGCGCCCACCGGCUUCCUCCAACAACUCCCAGGAUGGAAGUGCUGGGAGCGGAGGAAGUGCAGGAGGAGGAAGUGGCGGAGGAGGGGAGGGAGACUACAUGGUCUUACCUCGUAGGACGGUCAGUCUCAAGCCCUCAGCGCCCUCCUCCCAAGGAGGCCUGGGCCUGGGGGGUGAGGAUAAGCCUCUCAACAUCGCAGUGGAAGACCCUCCCUUCCCCCCGCCACCCUCUCCCCUGACCCUCCACCCAGCUGAGAGCGAGGCCUACCCGGUAGAUUUUGUCCCAUCCAGUGUGGGCGACAUGAACAUCACUAUGAACCUCAACCGCUCCUAUGGGACGAUCAAAACCAUGCCCCACGGGCACGGCCACAUGAUGGCCCCGGGUGGUGUUGUACACUCCCACGGAGGACACAUGCACUCCCACGGGCAUUCACUCCAGCUGAAGCCGGGCCAGAGGCCGUCAGUCAGACAGAUUCUGACGGGGGGAACAACGGUGGAGAGAACCAGGACCCUGCCACGUAACCUUGGCAGCACCAACGCCAACACCAGCCUCUCAGCAGGAUCCCUGGAGGUGGGUGAGAGAUUGAGGAAUGGGAAGAAAAGGUUCCCAGUGGUAGUGCAGCUUCUCCACUAUGUCCACAUUUCACAUGAGAUCAUGGGUUAAAGUUGUGGAUGUGGUAGUGGUGUAGUUAUAUAAUGCUCACUAGCGGAUUAAGAGAAAGAGCAAGUUAGUGGGAGAAAGAACUCUAAGAAAAAGAUUUAUUUAUUUAACGUGGUACU